AUGCGCAGCCGUGCACUCAUGAGAAUGGACACAGAUCGUUUCUGUGAUGGUUGUGCUCUGAGCGUGGCAGCCAAGAAAUCCUGCCAGAAACCUGUGGACAAGUACAUUGAGUAUGAUCCUGUUAUCAUCUUGAUUAAUGCUGUUUUAUGUAAAACACAAGCAUACAGGCACAUUCUUUUCAAUACAAAGAUAAAUAUUCAUGGGAAGCUCUGCAUAUUUUGCUUGCUCUGUGAAGCUUAUCUCAGGUGGUUGCAACUACAGGAUUCAAGCCAAAAUAUAGAUCCUGAUGACUUAAUCAGAUAUGCCAAGGAAUGGGAUUUUUAUAGAAUGUUUGGUAUAGCUUCUUUAGAACAAACUUCAUUUUUGCUUGGCAUUUUUAUUACGUUAUGGUGGAUGAGACCUAAGAUGCUGAAAACAAAGUCUGACUUCAUUUUACUUCUCAAAGCAUUGCUGUUGUCCAGCUAUGGAAAGCUUUUGCUAAUUCCAGCUGUUAUUUGGGAACAUGACUACACACCUUUGUGCCUUGCAUUUAUAAAAGUGUUUGUCUUGAUAUCAAACUCUCAGGCAAUUAGAGUUACAUUGAACUCGAACCGAAUGCUCCCUUGGUUGGCCAUCAUCUUUGGAUUAAUUUUGGAAAAUGGUGUGGUCUGCUUGUUCCAGAAAAUGGGAUGGGAUGUUUGAAACGUCAGCCCAGAUCUGAAGAAAUACUGACAACAUGACGAUCAUUUUCUAAGAAUGAUCUCUGCCAGCAAGCUCCAAAGACACUAUUUUCAUAGUGAUAAAGAAAGUAAUAG